UAUUGUUAUGCAGGACGGAAGAGAUGGGGAGCUGUUAAAAAAUACGUCAGAUUUGAUCUCACAAGUCUAUAUCUCCAUGCUGAAGAAAACAACCCAUGGUGGGGAAAAGAUGACCGCCCCUCAGUUCCAGGCUGUAAAACAGGAUUACAUAAACUCACUUGAAAACUUUACGUCUUUUCUGACCACUGCACAUGAGAGCAUACAAGAAAAGGCUUUAGCUGAGGGUGACCUGCUGAGGACAGAUGAUGAUGAUGAUGACCUGGGCCCUCAGGC